GGCGGGCGGGCGACGAUGCGCUGCUCCACGCUCUUGGCCAUCCUCACAGGGGUGCUGUUGUACCUGGUGCUGGGGGCUGUUGUGUUCCGGGCUCUGGAGACUCCACGAGAGGAGGGAAAACACCUGCAGCUGCAGAGGGCCAAACGAGACUUCUUGUCCAACUUCACCUGUGUCGACUAUGAGAAUCUGGAGAAGUUCAUAAAGGAGGUGGUCGAGGCCAUUGGUGCCGGAGUGCAAGCCACAGGUAAUGCAUCCUUUGUGAGUCAGUGGGAUCUUGCCAGUGCCUUCUUUUUCUCAGGAACCAUUAUCACUACCAUUGGGUUUGGGAACAUUUCUCCUAAAACUGAUGGAGGCCAGCUGUUCUGUAUUUUCUAUGCCUUGGUGGGAAUCCCCCUCUUUGGUAUCCUGCUCGCUGGUGUGGGAGACCAUCUUGGUACUGGACUGAGAAAGGCUGUGCUUAAAAUCGAGACUAUCUUCCUGAAAUUCCGUGUGAGUCCCACUAUUGUACGAGUCAUCUCAGCUGUUCUGUCCAUUCUGUUGGGAUGUCUGCUCUUUGUGGCAGUACCCAUCCUGAUUUUCCAGGAAGUGGAGGGGUGGUCUCUGCUUGAGUCAGCAUAUUUUGUAGUUAUCACACUUACAACGGUUGGCUUUGGUGACUAUGUUGCAGGUGAUUCUGGAUAUGAAGGCAGUGAUCAUUGGUACAAGCCACUGGUCUGGUUUUGGAUCCUCCUGGGUCUCGCUUACUUUGCUUCCAUUCUGGCUAUGAUUGGAAACUGGCUCCGAGUACUGUCAAAGAAAACCCGAGCUGAGAUGGAGGAGCUACGGGCCCAUGCCUCUGACUGGACACAAAACAUCCAGAACAUGUCGGUGGACUUCAAGAUGCCUGGGAAGAUUGAUGAUCCGUUUAAGCGUCGCAGGCGAAGGCGUCGUCAUGGUGGCCGGAGCCACCAUAGCCAUAGCCAUAGUGUGUCAGCAAAUGGUCCGGGUGGGAACCACGAGGGCCAGGAGGGGAGUCAGUCCGGGUCUGAAUCAUACACCUCAUCUUCAUAUUCAUCUGAUGAGGAGUCCGAAUCCGGUUCAGAGUCCGGCUCCCAAGCCACGCAAACAGAUCGAGUCCCCGAAGACAAGCCUGUUGAGCCCCCAGCAGCACCACUCCACCUGUCUCAGCCUCUGGACUACUUUGGGGAAAACCUUGCCUUUAUUGACGAAUCCUCAGAUGCUCAGAGUGGAAAACUACAUGUGGAUCCUCUCAUAGAUCCCACACAGCCCAACGGUAUGCGGCCAAGACACCCAAAGAGGAGACGCCAUAGGAGGCAUGUCCCACACAGAAGCAACCAUCAGAACAACCACACUACCACCAUCCCUGAGGUUAAAGAACCCAAUGGAAAUCUAAAGCCAAUUUCAGAACCACCAUCUAAGCCUUAGUAACUGACUGCAGGAGCUCCACUACUAGCACAAGUAUCAAAGGAAUUAUCAAAUCAAUUGAGAUGCAUUAUAAGAGAAUUUUGCGAUUUAUUUAUUUGUGUAUUACUUACAGACACUUAAUGGAAGUCUUGUGUUUGCAUUUGAAGCUCUUAGCAUGCGGGUGUGUAUGCCUCAACCAAACAUAAUGAACUGACUCUAAGCUACUGUUGCCUAAAUAAAAUAGAGAGAGACUGCUCUCUACUGGGCCUUAUUGAAAAUGCACUAACUACAGCACUGUUAUUUAAGUUGCUCUCAAACACAGAGGUAACCAUAUGCAAAACUUUAUCUAACUGAUUUCUAGGUCAAAACUUGCCUUUCACGAAAACCUUAACUCUGCCAACCAACAAACGGGUACUAAACAUGCUGUUAUACUUUUGUGUCUUUUUUAUAUUGUAAAAUACAUGUUCAUUUUGGAGGCUAAUGUGUUACUUUUCACAUGUGUACUGCAUAUAUUAAAUAAAACCCUUUAACAGUACAACUAUUUGUGUAAAAUCCGCACCACAAAACAAAGUGCUGGGCAAUCACUUUUUACUGUACUGUAUACUGUGAUCAUU